GAUGCUCUUGAGAGCCUAGUCUAGUCCAUGGGAGGUGUGCGGGCAGGUGAUUGGGUGCUCAGGACGGGUGGUGGUGGACAAUGGCCGGAGUCCUGGGCUGGAGGGGGCCUUGGUUAAAGCUCUCACUUUGGAGUAAGACUCAGAGAUGUUACCCAAGUCUGGUCAGUCUGGGAACCUAGAGGUUAGUGGGUUCGAUCAACUUCCGCCUGGGUUUGCGAACCUCACUGGAACUGGGUUAGAAGUGUGUAGGCUUGGUGUGCCUGUCCUUGGUGGGGGAUGUAAGCUUCGGCAUCUCGAGUUGCUUUUGACUGUGGCGGGGGUGUGCGCCCAUGUUUGGGUCUCUGGAGUGUCGUGUGGGGGUGUCUCUGGGAUGUCUGGGGACAGCGUGCCUGUGUGUCCCGGGAAGGUGGCGUCAGCAUCUGCAGCCGCGUCGACGUUGUCGGAGCCUCCGCGGAGGACCCAGGAGAGCUGGACUAGGACCAGGGCCCUGGGCCUCCCCAUGGAGAAGUCCGCUGCCUCAACAGAGCCCCAAGGGCCUCGGCCAGUCCUGGGCCGCGAUAGCGUCCAGGUGCCCGACGACCAGGACUUCCGCAGCUUCCGGUUGGAGUGUGAGGCCGAGGAGGGCUGGAAUCUGACCUACAGCAAGGCCGGCGUGUCUGUGUGGGUGCAGGCUGUGGAGAUGGAUCGGACCCUGCACAAGAUCAAGUGCCGGAUGGAAUGCCGAGACGUGCCAGCCGAGACGCUCUAUGACGUGCUCCACGACAUUGAGUAUCGAAAGAAGUGGGACAGCAACGUCAUUGAGACCUUCGACAUCGCCCGCCUGACAGUCAAUGCUGACGUGGGCUAUUACUCUUGGAGGUGUCCAAAGCCCCUGAAGAACCGUGAUGUCAUCACCCUCCGCUCCUGGCUCCCCAUGGGCACUGACUACAUCAUUAUGAACUACUCAGUCAAACACCCCAAAUACCCGCCUCGGAAAGACUUGGUCCGAGCUGUGUCCAUCCAGACGGGCUACCUCAUCCAGAGCACGGGGCCCAAGAGCUGCGUCAUCACCUACCUGGCCCAGGUGGACCCCAAAGGCUCCUUACCCAAGUGGGUAGUGAAUAAAUCUUCUCAGUUCCUGGCUCCCAAGGCCAUGAAGAAGAUGUACAAGGCAUGCGUCAAGUACCCGGAGUGGAAGCAGAAGCAUCAGCCGCACUUCAAGCCGUGGCUACACCCAGAGCAGAGCCCGUUGCCGAGCCUGGCGCUGUCGGAGCUCUCCGUGCAGCACGCGGACUCGCUGGAGAACAUCGAUGAGAGCGCUGUGACAGAGAGCCGGGAGGAGCGCUUGGGGGGCGCAGGCGGCGAGGGCAGCGAUGACGACACCUCGCUUACCUGAGCGCGGCACCACCGCAGGGACCAAGACAAAAUGAAGUGGGGCCGGGGUGGCGGAUCCUCCUGCGCUUUCUCCCCUCCCCCACCCCCGCGCCUCUUAGGGACGCUGGGCUCCGGCCCAGGCUGGCGCUGUGGCCUGGCUGGACACAGCCCCAAUAAAUGAUCCCACAGCCUCA